GCCUCCGGAGCGCACGGCGCGGCAGCCUCCAGCGCGCGCUGCACGGCUAAACGAGCUUGCGGUCUCGCCGCCCUGUUGCUGGUGAUCACGUCUUAUCGAUGCAGCCACACCAGCAGCCCCAGACACGCUGCUCGCUCCACAUGUGCUCCAGUCUGCUGGAUUCUGAACGGUGUGAAGGGCUUUGGAGCGCGUUACGCACGGGCGAGCUGCUUACGCGCGGUGCCGUUUGAGCUCCCGGGCACGAACCUCUCGCAGCUUUCGCAGACACGGCGUGUAAAGGCGGCACAGACUGACCUUAUCUUGUUUACAAAGAUAACUGAACAGACUGCUGAGUGGAAAGAGAGACUCAUGAGUUGGCCUGGUGGGUUUUCGGAGACGUUAUGGAUCUGACUAAAAUGGGUAUGAUACAGCUCCAGAACCCCAACCACCCCACUGCUCUGCUGCACAAGGCCAAUCAGAUGCGCCUGGCUGGCACACUUUGCGAUGUAGUCAUCAUGGUGGACAGCCAAGAGUUCCACGCUCACCGGACAGUGCUGGCCUGCACCAGCAAGAUGUUCGAGAUCCUCUUCCACCGCAACAGCCAGCAUUACACCCUCGACUUUCUCUCACCAAAGACCUUCCAGCAGAUCCUCGAGUAUGCCUACACUGCCACGCUCCAGGCCAAAGUAGAAGACCUGGAUGACCUGCUGUAUGCAGCAGAGAUUUUAGAGAUUGAGUACCUGGAAGAACAAUGCCUGAAGAUCCUGGAGACCAUCCAGUCUUCGGAUGAGAAUGAUGCGGAGGUCAGCAUGAACGACAGUGGAGGCGGCACAGAAGAGGAUGAGGAGCGCAAGGGGAGGCACGGCAGGAGUGUCAAGAAGCAUUCCAUGGAGGAGAGCAGUUACGUAUCUGCCGCUCAGCAAGCACUGGCACUGUCCGGCAUGGUGGACCAGAGCCCCUCCGUCUCCACCUCCUUCGGCCUCUCCACCAUGAGCCCAACCAAAGCUGCCGUGGACAGUCUGAUGAGCAUUGGCCAGUCCCUCCUGCAGAGUGGUAUGCAGCACGCCUUACAGCAUGGCAUGGGUGCCGAUCAGCUGCAGGGCAACUCCCACCCUGCAAUGACUGAGAUCAAGACGGAGAUGAUGCAAGUGGACGAGAGUGGUGAGCACGGGAGCCCCAGACCUGCAGAGUCGGGUGGCUCCAGCAAUGGAGAGGCAGAUAGGAGCCGGGACGGGCCUGGGACGCCCACCCGGAGCAGUGUGAUCACCAGCGCUCGUGAGCUGCACUACGUCCGUGAGGAUGGAGGCGGAGACCCACAGGCUGAGGUGGGCCAGAUGGGGCCGGAGGGUGUGGUGGGGAUGACCGAAAAGCACCUAGCAUCUCUGUAUGGCAUGCCUCCCAACCACAAGAAUGAUGCCAUGCUGUCCAUGCCCUCCUCCAUGGCUCCGUCCCUGCACAUGGCACCGGCCCUGCCCAUGUCCAUGGACUUCAGCGCUUAUGGUGGCCUUCUGCCACAGAGCUUCAUCCAGAGGGAGUUCUUCAGCAAGCUGGGAGAACUGGCGGCUAGCAUGAAACCUGAGGGGCGUGGUGGCAGCCAGAGUGAACGAUGCAACGUGUGUGGUGCUGAACUGCCCGACAACGAGGCUGUGGAGCAGCACAGGAAGCUGCACAGCGGAAUGAAAACCUACGGCUGUGAGCUGUGCGGCAAGCGCUUCCUAGACAGCCUACGCCUGAGGAUGCACUUGCUGUCUCACUCAGCUGGAGAAAAGGCCAUCGUGUGUGACCAGUGUGGAGCUCAGUUCCAGAAGGAAGAUGCUCUAGAAGCACACAGACAGAUCCACACAGGAUCAGACAUGGCUAUCUUCUGUCUGCUGUGUGGAAAGCGCUUUCAGACGCAGACCGCCCUGCAGCAGCACAUGGAGGUCCAUGCAGGCGUGCGCAGCUACAUCUGCAGCGAGUGUAACCGCACCUUCCCCAGCCACACGGCACUCAAGCGCCACCUCCGCUCACACACAGGUGACCACCCUUUUGAGUGUGAGUUCUGCGGGAGCUGCUUCCGGGACGAGAGCACACUGAAGGGCCACAAACGCAUCCACACCGGAGAAAAGCCCUAUGAAUGUAAUGGCUGUGGCAAGAAGUUCAGCCUCAAACACCAGCUGGAGACCCACUACCGUGUGCACACAGGUGAGAAGCCGUUUGAGUGCAAGCUGUGCCACCAGCGCUCCAGGGACUACUCGGCCAUGAUCAAGCACCUGCGCACCCACAACGGCGCCUCACCCUACCAGUGCACCAUCUGCCUGGAGUAUUGCCCCAGUCUGUCGGCCAUGCAGAAGCACAUGAAGGGCCACAAGCCCGAGGACAUCCCACCGGACUGGAGGAUAGAGAAAACGUACCUGUACCUGUGUUACGUCUGAGCGAGGCUGCGGGUGGAAGGGGAUGGGGGAGAGAAGCAUGGAUAGACAGUUUGGAAUGCAGGAGGAAAUAAUGAAAUUGGGGAGGGGGGUGCCAUUUUUUUUGGCAGACGGGCUGGGCAAGGCAAAGCAAGAAAGGAUGGGAAGUAGAGAGAGAGAGAAAUCUUACCCCUUCAGUAUGGUGUUGUGGUGGUGUCACAUUCUGUUGUGUUGUAAACAACAAUUUGUUGGAACCAGUGUCUCAAACAGGAGGUCAGCUCUACUCACUGAGGUCGUGUUACCCCUACUCCUGGUAUAUAGCUGAGGUUUGCUCUCAUUAAUCUAGAAGUCAAGCACUUACAUCUGAGUUCUAGUGCAGUAGGCUGUGCCGUCUGAUGGUACUGAGCAUUUUUAUCAAUGUACCAUAGACAACCAGUGAGUAGAGCCUUCCUGUAUGAUUCACGUUCAUUAAGUGUUUAUUGGUAACCAGCAUACAAAUCAGCUAAGCUCUCAAUGCUUCCUUCAUAAAUGUCAUUUCAUAUUCUCUGCAUAAUCUCCAGCGCCGUAUCAUAGCCUUUUAUAGCUUCAUCGCACGUACUACAAAUCUGUAUUACGACGACAGUUUCUGUUUGAGUUCUUAUCUGACAUUAUUGAGUGCCACCAUUCUUCUGUUUUUCAUCAGUUCCCUUUUCAGUGCACACUGUAUUUUAUUAACUGGAUGUUUUCUUUUUUUUAUUACUUCUCAUUUAUUUUUCUUCUUACCAAGUACACAGCUGGUUCAGAAUUACAUUUAAAAUGCAGUGAUCAGCAGUUAAGGUCAGAAACGAGACUCAGCAUCGCAUUCACCCACUACAAAUGUUAAAUCUAAUCACCUGUUCAUGCUGUUCUGAUAUAGAGACCAAAAUAUAGACUAAAGCUGCUUUUGCCAGUGGCUUGGACACUAAAGGGCACUGUGACGUUCAGGACUGGUCUCCACAUAUCUGAAUGAUAAGUGAAAGAGUUUCACGUGCGGUAUGAGGCCUGGCCUGUCCAGCCCAGAGGGCUACCAUGGAAGAAUAGAUCAACUCUUCAUGUUUUUCUUUUGCUAUGUCUGCGUUUUCCUAUUUUACCUUGAUUUAUCUCAGCACAUUGUACUUGAAUUACCUCGUAUUUUUUGUGACCUCAUGGGCUUGUGUUUUAAUUUUUCCUUUCUUUUUAGUUCUUUUUGUGUAUAUUUGAUUGUGAGCGCAUGUGUGUGUCUGUCUGCUACGUUGUGCAGAGAUGUGAAAAAUGACGUGUACUCAGAAAAUAAGUGCCACGGUGAAGAGAGAUUAUUGCAUUAUUGUUGUUACCAAACUUGGUGUUUUUUUUUUUUUUUUGUUCUUUUUUUAAAUUAACCCUGCUUAUUGAAGAGCUUGUGGGUUUGGUCUUUUUUUGUAAGCUACCUCUAAGUUUUGUUCUGUUUCUUUGUGUGUUUUAUUUUCGUUGGCAAAAGCACAUUUUUUCAUGUGUUCGUUUUGCAUUAUUGCAACUGUCUCAUCUCAUGCUUUGGCUGUUGAGAUUAGUAAAUGACGUAUAUAAAGGGUAAGAUUUGUUAAUGAUAGAACUGAAAAAAGUGUUUAUUUUUUUCUUUCAGUGCCCCCCUAACCUUUUCCUUAAGCGCAGUGAAGAGGUUUCGAAGCCUUAAGUUUUGGGGUAAGAGUUGAUCUGGGAGGUAUGUAUGGGAUUGAUGGAGUGUAGUACUUUAAAGUAAAAAAAAAAGCAUUAAACUUGAAAAUAUGUGAAUAGAAUUGUAGUUUUGUAAUGUGAAACAAAAAAAAAAGAUGGUUCACAAAGCCUGAACCGCUGAGAACAGGUCAUAUGCAGCUGUGCAUUGUGCGUUGGACAAUUGGGACUGCAAGUGGUAAUCGAAGAUGAAAGGAAGGAGGAAAAAAAACGAAAUCUCGUCAGUCAACGUUUCUUUAUAUGAGUGUAGUCCUGAGCAAGAGCCAACAGAGGCCAUUUGAUAUAUAAAAUUGUGAUAUUUUUGUAUUGAGUGUCAGUCCCUUUUCCAUUUGUCGAGGUUUCAGCAGGGCAAAUUUGUAGUUUUACUUUUUUUUUGUUUGUUUGUUUUGGGGUUUUUUUUACGUUUGUUUUUUUUCCUUCUGGUUUGAAUCGUUUGCCUUGCUCCUCUUUGGUAAUGUUGGACAUAAGUGUGUGAACAUGUUGUGGUAAGUGUUGAUUUCUGGAUGUCAAUACAUUGUAGGUGAAGGACUAAAUCAGCCACAGUCUACUUUCUUGUGAAAAUAACAAAAAAGAGAGAGAUUUAAUGUGAUGCCAAUGAUAAAAUACAUUGCACACAAGAUUUUCAAACAAUCAUGUUGCCAACAUUUUUGUUUCUUUACUUGAAGUGACUAAAAUAAAAAGGGAUGGGC